AUGACCCUACAAGGUGGCUCGACGGCGUCUGCAGCAGUGGGCAGCUACCGGUACACGGUCAGGCCACCCCAAGUCGCUUUAGACGUCGAAAACUACCCUGUGGUGCCGGAGCAGCUUCAGCUAGAACAGGUUCACAUUUAUAUCAGACACGGAGAACGCACGCCAGUAGGGAUACGGAUGGCGGCACCACCUGCGUCUAUACCUGAGCACUGGAUGCUAUGCAAGACCGCCCGACGUUUCCGGGCGGCCGUGGCUAGUUCGACCAUGCCUCCAGCUGCUGUCGGACCUGCCGAAGGACGCUCGGAAGAGGAAUUACAGAUUAGAAGGAUUGUGGAGAGGAGUGACGGCACCAACGCCGAGGGCGAAUGUCUCCUCGGAGAGCUGACUGACAUCGGGCGACAGUCCACCUAUAAUUUCGGUGCAGCCCUCAGAGACUUAUACAUUAACAAGUUAGGGUUUCUGCCAGACACUCACCAACCUGGAGGGACUGCAUAUUUCCGUUCAACCAAUAUGCCUCGGACCAUAGAGUCUCUGCAGCAAAUCGUCCACGGCCUAUACCCCACGUCGAAAUGUGCGCCCGGAUUCGUUCCCCAAAUCCUCGUGCGGAAUGGGAAGGACGAAAAUCUGCUUGGUAACACCUAUGCGUGCAAGCGACUGGAAAUUCUUCAAGUGGGAUUUGCGCAGGCUGCCGCGGCGGCAUGGAACCAUACCCUUGAACCGCUAGACAAUAAGGUCUCGAAAUACAUCGGAGGCAAUCCAAUCCGGAUAGAUGGGAAGCCUAGGGCUUCUGGUAUAUUAGACACAAUCCGCGCUGCCUCUGCACACGGAAUCAAGGUUCCUCCGGAGUUCGAAGAGAAGGGAGUGAUGGAUAUCAUUGAGAAAGCUGUUGUACACGAAUGGUUCGCAGAUAAAACUGAGGAAGUUCGCCGCCUCGGUAUGGGUCGUCUCCUCACCGACCUCACCCGGAAGAUGCAAAGCAAGGUUGACAAGGGGCCUGACGAUCCGCUGAAGAUCCUUGUGCACAGCACGCACGACACGGCGAUUGCCGCGCUCUGCCAGUCCCUCGACGUCUUUGAUGACAAGUGGCCGCCGUUCACCGCGUCGAUCACCUUCGAGUUAUUCAAGAAACAACUCGAGGAAGAGGCUGGGGUUAGGGAACAGCACCAAUCGUAUCUGCAGACAGUCCUCGGUGGACGCCAUUCAAAACAUCCUCCUGCCCAGCACUAUAUCCGAAUGCGGUACCAGAAUAGGAACAUGCUGCUGCCCAUCUGUGCGGAUGAAGGCAAGCAUCUACCCGGUUCUCCCGAGUUCUGUACCCUGGAAGCGUUCACGGAACGCGUCAAGGAGCUCACGCCGGCCGACUGGGAGACCGAGUGCGCAAGGUAA